AUGUAUUACGUUGGAAAUUUCGCAGAGUGCUGGUUAGCGAACGGCGGCCCGAGCUUAAUGAAAGGAGAAAAGCCUUGGGCCGAACGUAAGGAUGCGCUCGUUUCAGCCAUGAAGGCAUGUAACCUUGGAAUUCCAACAUUUUUUACACUUCAAGAAGUAUUUGUUAAUCAACUUAACGAUAUCAAGUAUGGCCUUAAUGGAGACGAGUAUUCUUACCCUUGGACUCAUUUUGGAACUGGCCGCGACGAUGGUGCAAAUACUGGUGAGUUUUCACCAAUUAUAUAUAAUGCUGAAGAUUGGAACUUACAGAGCGGUACUCAGAAAUGGUUGAGUCUUACACCAGAUAUCCCCUCUGCACAUCCUUCUACAACCUAUAAAAGAAUUGUGACUAUAUGUACGUUUAUUCACAAACAGACUGGUGCUGGGAUUAAUGUACUUAACACACAUUAUGAUCACAAGUCCAACGAAGCAAGAAAUUAUGGUUCCGAUUUAAUUGUAAAGUAUGUGGACGAACUAGGAAAUGGUUAUCCAACGGUUGUUGCUGGUGAUAUUAACUCAAAACGAACUGGAUCUUCUUACAUGAUUCUUGCAACAGCGUUGGAUGAUACCUCCAAUAUUGCAAGCACAAAGAUCAACGAGAAUAUGUGUACAGUUUCCGGGUUCUCUGGGGCAGAAGGAGAUACCAUUGAUUUUAUUUUUGCAAGCAGAGGAAAUAUUCUAGCUUCUAAACAUGAAAUCAUGGAAAAUUUAAUGGAUGACGGUUUUAGGUUCAGUGACCAUAGACCAGUAAUUGCUGACAUCACUAUCUAA